UGUCGGAUUCGCAGUCUUUGGAAAGAUGAUUUGGAAUGAGUAUAGAGAUAUAUCAGAGAAGGAUUGUGGAGUAUUCAGUGGUAAUACUCAUGCCAAGAUUCAAAAGGUUACAAAGUUGUCGGCUGUGGCAAUUGUCGUGGCAUUCUGUACAGUUGGUAUUCUGGUCUGGACAUUUGGUGUCAGUGUAUGGAACAUAAACAAUGUGAUUGCAUUCAUUGUUGUAGGACGUGGAAUCGAGGUCACAUGGAUCACGUCUAUGCUUCUGGUGCUCUCGCCAUCCUUGCAGACAUGGGGUGCUGGCAACAGUUCAAACAAGAUGGCAACACAUGGUGCAACCAGCUUCGAUGGUCUCUCCGAUGACUGCGACUCAUCUUCAUCAGAAGGUGAUGAUGUUGAAGCAGGUGCAGGUGUAAACAAAAAGGACAACUCUACAGUAUCAUCACCAACACCAGGUGCAGGUAUAGGUACAGUUGGUGUACAAAGCACAACAGUCAAUGAUGUUAACAAUGAUCAAGAACAAAACAACGACAACAAUGACAACAUCAACAACAACAACAGCAGUAGUCAACACGGUGAUAUGCAAGCU